AUGGCAGAAAACACGCACAGGGCCCCUGCUGAUGUGUCGACUCCAACACCAGAGGAGCUAGGCAAUCUCGCAAAGCUUUCCUUUCACGACUCGAAGGGUAACUCGAUCGACUUCGGGAGCAUCAUUCGCGACCAGAAGACAAUCGUUGUAUUCAUUCGUUGUCAUUUCUUCUGCGGAAGCUGCCAGCAAUAUGUGAUGCAACUCGCGGGUGUCUCGCAAGAGUCCCUCCAACAAGCCGGAGUGCAUCUAGUGGUAAUUGGAUGCGGGGACUGGCAGCCCAUCCAAAACUAUUGCGAAACUACGGGAUAUAAGGGUGAGAUGUAUGCUGAUCCCUCACGCGCCCUGUACAAAGCACUGGGGCUUGUUGAGAGCCUGGAGGUCACUCCUGCUGGGCAGCAGAGAAAGAGCUACCUCACGAAGAGUAUACUUAGCAACGCCCUGCAGAGCAUCUGGCAAGGUCCAUUGAAGAACCCGAGUCAUAUCGGAAAGCAGGGAAAGUUAUCUCAGUUAGGCGGAGACUUCGUCUUUGGUCCAGGCGAGACGUGCUCGUUCGCAUCUAGGAUGCAUCACACGGAAGAUCACAUCGAGGUUGCUGACUUGAUGCGCGCCGCUGGAGUGAAUCACCCGUAA